AUGCUGGCUAGUCCAAGACUAACUAACUGGGGGAAAGCAUCUGGUUUAUUAAACUAUGGCAACCAAUGGAAAGGACAGCGUAAAGUGAUGCAUGAAGUACUCCAGAAGAAGGCGCUCAAAAUAAUGUGGCCGGCCAUUGUUAAACACACCUGGUUGCUAGUUCUACGGAUUUCUGAUACUUGUGGAUUGCAGUCCAAGAUUGCACAUGCGGUAGGCGCUGUUAUUCUACAAUCUGCGUAUGGGUACAAGGCCACUGAAGCAGGAGAUCCCAUGAUUGGCAUAGCCAGAGCGGGUAUGCAAGGUUUUAGUGAUGCAUCAAUGCCCCCUGACUUCCUUGUAAAUAUAUUCCCAUGGCUCCAGUACGUCCCUUCAUGGUUCCCUGGCGCCAGUUGGAAGCGACAGGCAAUAGCUUGGAGCAAAGCUCGUGAAAGCUUGAUAAAUAUACCUUUUGGGUGGACCAAACAACAAAUGGUUAAUGGCACGGCUCUGCCUUCCGCUCUUGGCUCCCUUUUAGCCAGGCUGGCAAACAAUGGAUCCGUAACAGACCAAAAGGAGGAAGAGGAUGGAAUCAAAUGGGCAAUAGGAUCGCUAUAUGCAGGUGCAAUAGAGACGACAACUUCGACUAUCUUGAUUUUUAUCCUUGCCAUGAUACACAAUCCGGAUAUACAAGUAAAGGCUCAGCAAGAAUUGGAUACUGUUGUUGGCAAUCAACGCCUUCCCGAAAUGCAAGAUCAAGAUGAUUUACCUUACAUAGGUCGUGUUGUCAAGGAGGUAUUUCGCUGGCGACCAGUAGGACCGUUAGGAGUUCCGCAUGUGUGCGCCAAAGAUGAUGUGUACAGGGGAUAUUUCAUUCCCAAAGAGGCCGUUGUAAUGGGAAACAUCUGGGCAAUGUGUUCCAAUCCCGAGACAUACCCCAACCCUGAGAAAUUCGACCCAGACCGGUUCAAAAUCCCAACGACACCAGACCCUCCCACGUUUGGUUUUGGAAGACGCAUCUGUCCGGGCCAGGAGUUUGCCGAUGCGUUCUUAUUUUUGGCCGUUGCUACAACGCUGUCUAUUUUGAACAUCAGACCCGCCAAAGAUAGUCAAGAAAACAACAUCAUGCCGGAGACAAAGCUAACCGGAAAUUCUCUUAAGGUUCCCUUUGCCCUUUCAGUGCACUAUGGAACUACGCUGUGA